AAUCAAAGUUAAGAUGGUCAUGAUAAUCAUCAGUGUGAGUAAAAAAUAAAUAAUAAAUACGUGUUCGGGCAUUGCGGAUUGUAUUUAUUACAUAAUGACUCCUUUCUGUUGAACAGAAAAAAAAACUGAGAAAUAAUAUAUUUUCACAAGUCAUGUAAACUGUCAAUUAUCGUCAAUCAAAAUAAAUUUAAAAGUUUGGACGCGGGUAAAUUUUUUAUUAAUUUACAUAAAACUUGGUGCAUAUUUCAAAUAAUAAACACAAAUUCCUUCAAAUUGUAAAAUGGCUGUAUUCGAUGUUUUUGAUCCACUACGUGGUAUUACUCCACGUUUUACUGAAGAUCAAUUAGCCGAUAUCAUUGAGUGGUUCGAUAGCACUGCAAAACCUUUAUUAUCAAUUAACGAUGGAGAGCCAAUAAAUGUAAUAAGUGUUGAAAACCUAAUAAAAUAUUUAGAAUUGAAGAAAUUUCAUAAGAGAAGUUUUCAUUACCCUUCAUAUGCAGAAAUUAUGACUGAAGUUGAAAAAUUAAAAGCUGGUGUAUUUAGAGCAUUGACUAAGGAACAAGUUAUUUAUAUGUUAGACAAAUGGGUGUUGGAAACAAACCUAAAGCACGAGCUGAGACUUGCUUUUAAGGUGUUUGAUACAGAAAAAAGGGACUUUCUAGAAAUUGAUGAAAUUCAAACCAUUGUCACGCAGUAUGGAGAUAUAUUUGAUGCGGAUGAAACCAGAGAGAUGCUCCGAGAUGCUAAUGUUCGAGGUGAUGGAAAUGUAUUUUAUGAAGAUUUCAUAGAAAGCAUGUUUAAUCUGGCACCAGAACUUAAUGAAAUCAAGACGGAAUACUUAUACGAAGAUCCAAAUGAAGACCCAUCCGUACCACCUGAUCCUGUUAUUGAGGAGGAGGAACCACCGCCGCCACCUGCAACGCCACCUCCACCGCCACCACCGCCAGCAGCACCAGCAGCAGCUGCAAAGAAGGGAAAGAAAUAAUAAAGUCAAUAACACAACACAA